CUUUGCUACAUACCCUGUACUACAGAUGUCUACCCAACCCAACCAGCCUCACCGAAUGUCCGGAGCGGAUUGGCUUAAAUACUUCCGUUAUAUGCCAGAACGAGAUUCCCCCAGUGAUGUACGAAAUGCACUUCUAGUGGUGAUGGCACUGAUUGCUGCCGCUACCUUCCAAGCUGCACUCAACCCUCCCGGUGGUGUUUGGCAACAAACCAUGAACGACAAUGGGAUAUGGAUUGGCUUAGUCUCAUUUGUCGCUACAUACGCUAGUUCGACUAUCUCCUUAAACAUUCGCAGUGCUGCUUGUCUAAACGGACAACUCGUCGCCGUUGCAAUUUUUUUUCCAGUUGUAACGAUGUUUGUUGCAGAGGGGGCGCGGCGUAGAUUUUCAACUGGUCAAUAGAGGGCGUACUGCACUUCAAGACCAAUCUUAUGAGACAAGAACUUGACCGGAUCGGUUAAUUAAUUGUCUGUCACAGUUCAGGACCAAGGCAUUGUGGGCUUGGGUUUAACCGUUUAAGUAAUAAAGGUUUAGUAGUUGGCUUCCUAGUUGUGUGUGGCCCUCAGUCCUUUAGUUGUUGUGAGUGGGCAUAUGGCCAUUUCUUUUAUUUGAAUGUAAUUCUCAAGUCAGACCAAGGCUCUUUCACAAUUUGAUAAAGUUGUUUGUACUGUUUCAUUUCAUUGUUUCGUUAAGUUGACCUCUGAUCCAUCAAAAGUUCAAAUUCUUCUUC